GGGGGGGUUUUUUUUUUGUUUUUUUUUGUGCCAGAAGAACUGCGAUACCAGGAUUUGCCAUCUUUCUUCACGAUAACUGCUACUUACUCAGUACACCAUCAUGACGGAGAAACGUCGUUCGCUGUUGUUCUUCACCAACAGUGAAUGGGGCCAGGCCAAUGUUAUCUUGGCAACCAUUCACGAAUUCCUCAUUCUCGACGAGUUCGACAUUCAUCUGGCUUCCUAUUCGGCAUUGGAGCCCAGACUCCAUGAUCUUCUGGAAACACAUGCCGCUUCAUAUCCACGGCCCUUGAGACCCAGCAUCACAUUCCACACCAUCCCAGGACUUUCGGUCGCACAAUUAUGCCAUCGCGAUGGCGUUGCCAAUUCUCUACCGCACAAGCCAGGGCUGAAGGGCGGGGUGGCCUCGUAUGCUCGUCUCGAGGACUUUUUCUUUCGGCAUACGGUAGAUGAAUACAUGGAGCAGCAGCGAUAUUCCAAACAAGUCAUCACUCAGACACAACCAGUCUUGAUCCUCGCUGAACAGGGCUUCUCUCCUGGUCUGGAUGCAUGCAUGGAGCUGAAUCAGCCCUUCACAGUCUUGUCUCCGAACUCUUUCAAAGAUUUUGAGCAGCGAUUUCAGCCUUUGCUAAGAAUCUUGUGGAAGUACCCUGCUCUCGCGUCUGCGUUCCCGUUUCCGGUACCCUUGGGGAUGGUUCCAGCAAACGUCUAUCUAUGGGUUCGAAUGAUGACGACCAUUGCGGUCUCUGCAUCCACCCGAGGUUCGCGUCUUCACACACUCAACAAAGGAAGACACGCCAACGGACUGGAAGGACCGCCACCAGUGAUGAGUGCCCUGAAGAAGGCGUCGCACAUACUCUGCCCCUCUCUGCCAGAGCUCGACUUUCCCAUGCUCGUGCGCCCAACGACCAUUGGCUGUGGACCCAUAGUUCUGCCUGCACGACCCGUCAGUGAGGUCGACCCGGAAUUAGAUACCUGGCUGGGCCGCAGUUGCAUGAAAACGGUACUGGUUAAUCUGGGGACGCAUUACAGCACGGACUCAGCCCUUGCCCUGGAGGUGGCCCGAGCUCUCAAAAGUGCACUGGACACGUUUCCCCAUGUGCAGAUCCUCUGGAAAAUGAUCCCACAGGGCGAGGGACAGCAGGAGAACAUUCACACGGUCUUUGGCGACGAUCUACUGCGCAAUUCCAGGAUCCGCAUCGAGAAAUGGCUGAAGCCUGAUCCUGUCGCCCUUCUUGAGACGGGAAAAGUCAUUGCUCAAGUUCAUCAUGGCGGGGCCAACACGUACUUUGAGUGCUGUCGAUUCGGUGUCCCUCAAGUCAUUUUAGGGGCCUGGUGGGAUACCUACGAGUAUGCCGCGAGAGUCGAGUAUCUCGGCAUUGGCGUGUUUGCCAACAAAAAGGCUGCCCCCCGCGCCAAGACUGCAGAGCUUCAGAAGGCUCUGCUUCGCGCUGUAAGUGAUGAUAACAUGCGCGCCAAGGCCAAUGAUUUGGCGGCAGUUUGCAAACGGUAUGGAGAGGGCAGAGUUCGGGCUCGGGAUCGUAUUCGUGAGUUUAUUGGUCAUGUAGUCUAGUUCAUAUUUAUGUUGAUGUUCAUCUCACUGUUCAAUUCAUUCUUUACAAGAUGAC